AACUUGUAAAUGCAAAAAUAGUACCGAUAAUAAUUUUUGUUGGACUAAAUUUGGAAUAAAAUGUUUUUAAAACCAUAUAAAGUUAAAAGCAAUGCACCACUUAAGAGUUCAGAUGUUAAAAAGCUUAGACAACGAAUUCAAAUAGAAUUUCCAAACGCUAAUCCUGAACUCUUGAUUGCAGCCAAAUCAAAUGUUAGUGUUCUCAAAUUGGUGACACAUGGAGACUUUCAGACAAAUGUAUAUUGCGCGGAUAAAAUGCCAAUGUUUUUUGAAAAUGAAGAGAAUAAAUUGGUGCCAACAUUAUAUAGUCUAUGGCAGGUUGCAGAUCUAUUGCCAUACUUCACUACUCAUGCUGCAGUCCUACCUAAACUGAGCAAUGGAGCUGAUCUAAUGCUACCCGGGGUAACACCACAAGGUACUGGCAUGAAUAUAUAUGGACAUUACAAAAAAGGACAACUGGUUGGCGUAAAUUUGAACUCCAAUAAAUCGGCGGUUGGUGUUGGAUAUUUACCAAGAUCGAGUGAUGACUUGUAUAUGUGUGGUGGUCACGGGGUAGCUGUAAAGAUGCUUCAUUUAUUUGGUGACAAAUUAUGGGCUCAUGAGCCGUCUUUAGCUCAACAGGUGCCACAAUUUAAAAGUACAAAAUUAACGGAUGAUGAUUUCCCGGCUUUGGGAUCUAAACAGGCACAUAAAAAACAAAGUGAGGCAAGCGCUGUAAUAGAACAUGAUAAAUUGGAAAAACUAGAAAAUUCAACUGCUAAAACAGAAGAUCAAAUACAAAUUUCCGAAUUGUCAAUAACCGAAAACAUUGUAGAAGAGUCAGGGAAUCAUGAUGAAAACUCGGAAAAUAAUCCAGAAAUUUUACUCAAGAACGCUUUUCUUUCAGCACUUAAAAAUAAUGGAAAGAAAUUGCAAUUACCAUUAUUGACUAGUAAUUUCUUUCGACUCUAUGUUGUGCCUGAAGCACAGGAAACCUUAGAUUUAAAAAAGACUAAAUAUAAGAAAUUGUCAAAUUUUUUAAAUGAAAUGAUCGACCAAGGUUUUAUAGUGGUACGCGAAGAAACUAAAGGUGUUGAUAAAAUUACUUCCAUUGACUUCGAGCAUCCGGAGUUGGUAAAUUUUAUAACUGAUUAUAAAAAACCAAUUAGUUCGUCUGAUGGCUCUUCUGAUAAUCCUCUUUUUCAUUCGGAACUAACGGAACUGUAUAUAGUUACAGAUGUUACUGCACCCUUCUUCACUAAACUGAAUUACAAACGAGGUGGUGGAAUACCAGCAUCACAAAUUAAAAAAGUCAUAAGGGAGUAUGUUAACAAGCUGAAUUUACCCAUAUCGAAAGAUCCUAAAUCUGAAGAAAAGUCGUAUAUUUUAGAUGAAUGUUUAGAAAAACUGUGCAAUACUAAAAUCGCUACCCUAAACAGAAUUAACAACUCUGUGAUAUCUCAAAUGGAUCAUUCCUAUCAGAUGUGUACUGCCAAAGACGUUAAGGGUAACAAACCAAUGAUACAAAUGUCUUUAGCAACUAGAUCGGGCAACAAGAAGGUAACAUUGGUCAGCAAUAUUGAAUGUUACGGUAUAAUUUUGGCAGAAUUCAUAAAGUUGUGUAAACAAGGUGCCGCUGCAAGCACAACUAUUGUAACACUGCCAAACCAAAAUCGUGAAAUGUUGCAAAUACAGGGUAAUCAAGUUCGUUUUAUACAUACCCUCCUAACGGAAACGUACAAAAUUCCGCCAAAAUGUAUUUUAGGACUAGAACUGGCUAAAGAUGGCAAAAAGCAUAAAAAGAAAUAAAUGUUAACUGACUUGUUCCAAAAAUAAA